GCGAGAUCUCUACAGUUGCCGAGGACAUUAGGAGGAAGAGAAGUGAUCUCGCGUAAGAAGAGGUGGGGAGCGAUCGCGAGAUCUCAGACCACAGGACCCGAAAGGUUCUUAGGAAGUUGAAGGGCCUGGAGAAGGCCCUGGUACAAAUGGCCGGAGCUGGACCGACCAUGCUGCUACGAGAGGAGAAUGGCUGUUGCAGCCGGCGUCAAAGCAGCUCCAGCGCCGGGGUUAGCGUGGGUUCGGGUUCCGAGAUUGAGGGGCAGUCGGGGAGCAAUAUGGGGGGAUAGAGGGGGAACUGCAGCUCCCGGCAGCCUCUGGGAUUCAUGUGAGCGCCCCACGGGCGGUCGGGAGCUGUGGUUCUGUGGGCGGGCAGCAGCCGGGGAGGCGCGGUCUAAGCAUGAGUCCCGCCCCGCGCAGGACUCAGAUGGAGAGCGCGAGGACUCGCCAGCUGCGCGUGCCCGACAGCAACUGGAGACGCUGCUCAACAAGACUAUGCGCAUUCGUAUGACAGACGGACGGACACUGGUCGGCUGCUUCCUUUGCACCGACCGCGACUGCAAUGUUAUCCUGGGCUCGGCGCAGGAAUUCCUCAAGCCGUCGGAUUCCUUCUCUGCUGGGGAACCCCGUGUGCUGGGCCUGGCCAUGGUACCCGGACACCACAUCGUUUCUAUUGAGGUGCAAAGAGAGAGCAUGGCGGGGCCUCCCUACCUCUGACCACGAUCGCGCAUGCCUUUCAGAAUUCAUUAAACCUGUAACCAGAGUG